AUGGCGUUCGCUAUACAAUUUACCGCCACCUGGUUCUCCCACAAUUUCUUCCUCGUCGUUGCCUCCGUCGUCUUCACGUACCUCUUCAUCCGCGUCAUCUACAACCUCUUCCUCUCUCCACUCAGCGCUAUCCCCGGCCCCUGGUAUGCGGCUAUCUCUGAUCUUUGGAUUACAAUCCACGUCGUUCGUCUCCGCCAAUGUCAAACGAUCCAGGAGCUCUUUGAGGUGUAUGGCCCGGUCGUCCGCAUUGGACCUAACAAAGUCGUCUUUCGUGAUAUGUCAACCAUGCGCAACGUCUAUACCAUCCACAAGUUCGAUAAGAGCACUUACUAUAAGAGUCUGUUGACCAACGAUAACGAUCACGCUAUGACCACCCUCGAACAUUCUAGCCAUGCCAUUCGCCGAAAGGGUUAUGCGCCUCACUACACGCCCACUAACGUCGCUAAAUUUCAGCCGGAAAUGCGAGAAAUCGCUUUUGAACUUGUGAACACACUUGAGAAUGUGUGUGGAAAGUCUCCCGUGGAGUGCUUGGCUCUAUUCCGACACCUCAUGGUUGAUGUGGUGGCUUCCUCUUCCUACGGUUAUCGCCUCGGAGCAGUGAGUAAGUGGGCCAUGGAUGUGGAAGAACCCCUCUCCACGGCGAUAAACGACUUUCCCAAACGUGGUAUUCUUCGCAGUAUUGUUCCAACAUGGGCCUGGAAUCUCGUCUGCCGGAUCCCGAACAAGCGCUGGAGGCAGCUUUGUGAUUCUGACAAAAUAAUGGCCGAGUUCGUCAGCGAGCGCGUUUAUGAGAUGCGCGCACAGAUGAAUGCUGGCAUGAUUGGCGAGGCCGAAAAGGUUCCCAUGCUCCAGAGACUCCUCCAGUACCGGUAUUCGACUACCCAAGCAAUGCCUGAUCAUGACAUCAUUUCAGAGUGUAUGGGCCAUCUGGUAGCUGGUUCCGAUACGACCUCGACGACGAUGGCGUACAUGUUUUGGGAGCUAAGCCGCCGCCCGGAUAUCAUGAAGAAGCUCCAAGCUGAACUGGACGAGGCCAUGGCUGAUGCGAAGGUAGUUCCCGACAUCUCUGUGCUCCAGGAGUUGCCAUACCUUAGCGCAUUCAUGAAAGAAGGUCUUCGCUUGUACACUGCUGUGCCGAGCCUUCUUGAGCGUGUGGUCCCUGCUUCCACAUCCAAGAACGGGGCAUCGGACGAGAUAUUCGACAUGAUGGGUUACCCUCUUCCCCCAGGUACUAUUGUUUCAACCCAGGCGUGGUCCAUGCACCGUGAUCCUUCUAUCUUCCCCUCUCCUGACUCUUUCCAACCCGAGCGUUGGCUGGCAUCUUCGACGAAUGAAAGCGAGUUGGCCAUAAUGGCUCAACAUAUGAUGCCGUUUGGAGCCGGCUCGAGGGUGUGUGUAGGGCAGACUCUUGCUCAGGUCAUCAUGCGGAUCGCGAUUGCGGCGAUUUCCAGGAGCUUUGAUGUGGUAGCUCCGGCAGAAACGAACGAGAGGAGCAUGGAGGUUAGGGAUAGCUUCGUCGUUUUCCCUGCUGCGAUGGAGUGCAAACUCACCUUCACCCCGCGCCAACAGUAA